GAGGGAGGCUCGCAGCAGCUCUUCACUCUUCUCUCUUCAACCUGCUCUCCUCCGAAGGAUCUCUGGACUUGUGUGUCUCUCAACAGAAAAAAAUGGCCUCAUCACAGAAAAGCAUUUUCCUGCUGGUUGUCACGGCUGCAGUUUGCAUUCAGCUCUAUAAUGCUCACGACUUUAUCGGACGCUGCUCAUGUCUCAACACAAUCAAGUUCGUCAGAGGCAACAUGUCAGAUUUCCAAGUCCUUGAAAGGCGUCCUGGGUGCGAUAAAAUUGAACUGAUUGUAACCAUGAACAAUCCAGACAACUCCACAGAGCAAUUCUGCAUGAACAACGAGGGAAAGAUGGCCAAGGCUUUUUUGAAAUGCUGGGAAAGGAUAAACAAAAACGAGAGCCGUAAGAUGGAGUGCAUCGCAAGAAGAAGGACAGAGUGAAAAUACAAGAGAGAUGGGAGGCCUGACUGGGGAGGAGAAAGUUAUCCGGACCGGUGUCCCGGAGGUCACAUGAAGACUUAGCACACAAACCGAAGAAUGCUGAGAGCAGAGCUUACACUGAACUCCUGCACUAGAGAGGAUUGGGAAAUACAGCGAGAGGGGAAGAAGAGUGGCGGGAGGGGAAAUGAUUAACAGCUAGGACGCAGGAAGGGGGAGGUGGGGGGAGAAUAGAGCCAGGAAGAGAAGCCAUUGAAGUGAGAUAAUGUAAAUAUAUGUACAGAAUAAUAGCAGCAAGUCUGUGUAAAAAGGCCACUGUUGAAAUGCACACACCUUUAUUUGUUUUUUGCUUUAUUAUGAUAUAUUAUUAUUUAUGAUGAUUAUUUAUUUAAAAAAUAUAUAUUUCUGUAUUUUUUCUUUUUUUAUAAAUGUCUGAGUCCAAGCAAAUAAAUCAAGUUUUGAUACAA